AUGGGUACCACGUAUUUCGAACUAGGAACAACAUUUAUUUUAAAUCCAUAUACAAAACUGUCUGAUAUUGAAGACGUCGUGGAAAAUAUGUUUGAUGCCGAUCUAAAAGUUUACAACGUUCAGUUUUGGGAUGAAAGCUUCAAGAGAUAUAUGGAUCUCGAUGAAUCAUCGCACAGACGGCUGAAAGAACGAAUAUCUGACAUCGUUCACCGUGCAUUAAAAUUCAGAUUAAUUAUGUUGAAAUAUCCUUGUGAAGCAGCUUUACGGCAGCAGCGAUCUUGUGAACGCGGUGGAGUGGGACGCAGUGCCACGUCCGAUGCAGCUAAUGAAGUCAGAAAACGCCAAAUGUUGUACUCGGUGUUUGAGUACGCCGAUACGGGUGGAUGA